UACUGAAAAGCUGCACAACCGGCAGGUCACUCCGACCUGUUCUCCCGCCUCGAUGACAUGGAAGGGAACCACUUUAGCGAAACGCCGGGCAGCUGCCGGUCCGACGCCAGUGGCACCUCCUGGGCGGCCUUCCACGGUUCCCUCCUGCUUACCCCUCUCCAACGCCCCAACCCUAGUCACCCAUUUCGGUAGCUCGUUUGUCCGGCCCCGCCUCCGCACGUGCACCCGAAACGUCGCGUCGCAAAGCUUAUUUCAACGCAAUUUCCCACCACUAUCACAUUGAUUCUUCUUCUUCUUGCGCCACAUCCCAGAUACGGUUUCGCCGUUUAUGCCAAUGGUACGGGCGACUUCGCUUGGCGGAGCAGCCCUACCAGCCGCACAAAAUGGCCAUCUCGGACCGUAUUCCGGGCCUGGAAGUCACGGUUAAGGUCGACGGGGAGCGCGCGAUUGAGCACCACGACGACGCGGCCUGCAACGAGCCUUGUACUAUAGAGCUCGACUCCCCCGCCGGCGUUCGCGUCGUGAAAUACAUCGAGGCCAAGUCAGGCGCCCCCUUCAGCGUUCAUAUCAAGCGAACCAGCAAUUUCAACUUCCUUGGCGAUCAUAUCGGAUGGUCCGUCGCCGUAGACGGCGGCCAGUCGUGGAAGAAACAGGAGGUCAAUCUGCGAGCCCGCGAAAGAGGCGCAGAGUGGUCGUACGAAAUGACCGGGUACUUUGAGGGUGACUUCGUUUCCGGAUUUAUCAAGAAGUGCUGGAAGUUCGGGGACUUGGACAUUGUACCGGCCGACACGCGCAGUAUAGCCGAAGUGCUGGCGAAACAAACGUUAUUCGCCUCUGGGUAUCGCGGGAUCUUGUCGGCCACCAGAAUUGACCUUUCAAGUUUUUCAUUGUGAUUGUGUACGCGAAAUGCCCACAGGUCUCAUAUGCCCAGGCGAGCACAGUCUCAAUCCGCUCGUCCUCAAUGACUUCGGCGAAUAAAUCAUCCUGCUCGAUCCGAUAAAGCUUCCCAUCGAUAACCAGGAACUUUAGGGCCCGACGCUUGAUGUUCCGUCUGUUUGCCGCUCCUUUUCCCUCGAGGGCGUCAGCCCCUCGCUCGAGGUAGUCGGCAACGUCUCUCACCCAGGUCGCGCCACAGGUGCCGCUGAGGAUAGGAUAAUGGGUCGGGGUUUCCCAUGGCAGUGCCACCAUCAUGCCCUCGCGGGCUUUGGGCGGGCCCCAAAUUGGCGGCGGCGGGUCUGCCCACAGACCGAUGCGGUCGGGAUCCUCGGGGGGUCAUCCUGGAAAGGAGGCCGAAGGCGCGACAGUCCAUCCGCGAUGCCGAUUACCGACGUUUUGUUACUGCGGUGAUGGAAGAUGACAUUGUAUUCGGAAAUCCUUUCAAUCCAGCCGUAGAGCUUUUCGUGAACCGCUGAUUUGUUGUUCCAGGACUGAACAAUGGAUAAGUGGUCGGUGUAUACUUUGAUAGGAUAGGACGUGGCCUGGCAAAUCCACCUUAGCUCGUUAAGAGAUUUAAGUACGGCCAAUGUUUCGAGCUUCGGUACAGAGUACC